CCUACCAAAUUAAAACUCACAAGUCUUCCUCUCAUUAUACACAUUAGAACAAAAUUGCUUGCACUAUACAGAUGAAAUGAAAGCUAGGUAGACUCACAUGGCAGAAAUCGCAGUGUCAUCCGCACUAGACAAAUUACUUCCACUAAUAGCAGAUGAAGCAAAUCUGCUACGGGGCAUCUCCAAAGAAUUCGCAGACAUAAAAAAAGAACUAGAAUACAUUCAAGCUUUCCUCAAGGAUGCAGAUAGAAAGGCAGCAGCAGAAGGAGACAACACAGACGAUAGAAUCAAAAUAUGGGUGAAAGAGUUGAGGGAAGCAUCUUUUUCCAUAGAAGAUGUCAUCGAUGAAUACAUGAUCCUUGUGGAACAACAGCCUCGUGAUCCUGGAUGUGCAACUUCACUCUGUAAGGUCAUUCACUUUAUUAAAACAUUGAUGCCUCGUCGUCAAAUAUCAUCAAAGAUUAAGCAGGCCAAGUCAUCAGUUCAUGGAAUCAAGCAAAGAGGUGUGGAUUAUCACUUCCUAAUCCAUUCUUCUCUUCAACUAGGACCAAGCAGAUACAGAGGUAGCCAUAAUAAUGUCCAAUGGCAUGACCCUCGAAUGCAUUUCCGUUACCUUGACGAAGCUGAAGUUGUUGGCCUUGAAGACACAAGAGAUGAAUUGAUUGGUUGGUUAGUGGAGGGACCGGCAGAGCGAACUGUCAUCUCUGUGGUAGGAAUGGGAGGACUCGGAAAAACCACUCUUGCUGGCAGAGUUUUCAACAACCAGAAGGUGAUUUCACACUUUGAUUACCACGCAUGGAUCACGGUGUCCCAAUCCUACACUGUGGAAGGGUUGAUGAGGAACUUGCUGAAGAACUUAUGCAAAGAAAAAAUGGGGGAUCUUCUUGAAGGUAUUUCUGAAAUGGAUCGAGAUUCAUUGAUUGAUGAAGUGAGAAACCAUUUGAAACAAAAGAGGUACGUUGUCAUUUUUGAUGAUGUAUGGAGUGUAGAACUUUGGGGUCAAAUUGAAAAUGCCAUGUUUGAUAAUAACAAUGGAAGUAGAAUAUUAGUCACAACUAGGAUGGAAGGUGUUGUAAACUCUUGUAAGAAAUCUCCUUCUGAUCAGGUGCAUAAGCUGGAACCUUUGACUAAACAAGAAUCUAUGGAACUUUUUUGCAAAAUGGCAUUUCGAUGUCACAAUAAUGGACGUUGUCCAGAAGAACUCAAGAAAAUUUCUACAGACUUUGUUGAAAAAUGUAAGGGCUUACCAUUGGCAAUUGUAGCUAUUGCCAGUCUUUUAUCUGGCAAAGAAAAGACUCCAUUUGAAUGGGAAAAGAUUAGGCGAAGCCUGAGUUCAGAGAUGGACAAAAAUCCACAUUUAAUUGGUAUAGCAAAGAUUUUAGGUUUUAGUUAUGAUGAUUUGCCACACUACCUAAAAUCAUGCUUAUUGUAUUUUGGAGUAUAUCCUGAGAACUAUGAAGUUAAAUCGAAAAGAUUAUUUCGACAAUGGAUAGCUGAAGGAUUUGUAAAAGAUGAAGAAGGAAAAACUUUAGAGGACGUUGCAGAACAAUAUUUAACAGAGUUAAUUGGUACAAAUUUAGUGCAAGUCUCUUCAUUCACCACAGAUGGCAAAGCUAAGAGUUGUCGUGUUCAUGACUUAAUACAUGAUAUGAUCCUUAGAAAAUUCAAGGAUUUAAGUUUUUGCCAGCAUAUCAGUAAAAAAGAUGAGUCGAUGUCAAGUGGGAUGGUUAGGCGCUUGUCAAUAGAAACAAUUUCCAAUGAUUUAAUGGGGAGCUCUAAAAGCUUACAUGCCAGGUCAUUGCUCAUUUUUGCAGAUGAAAAUGAAGCAUGGAAUACCAACUUUGUGCAAAGAAUUCCUACAAAAUACAAGCUACUGAAGGUAUUUGAUUUUGAAGAUGGUCCAUCGCAUUAUAUCUCUAUUCAUGAAAAUUGGGGAAAUCUCGCACACUUGAAGUAUUUAAACUUAAGAAAUUCAAAUAUGCCAAGUCUGAAAUUCAUUGGCAAACUCCAGAACCUCGAGACCUUGGACAUAAGGAAUACAUCUAUCAAGAAAUUGCCAAAGGAGAUUCGCAAGCUAAGAAAGCUACGACAUCUUUUGGGUGAUGAUAUGAAAUUGUUUCAAUUGAAGAAUUGUCUCGGAGGCCUGACAUCCCUACAAACGUUGCGUCAUGUAAAGCUAACUAUGGAGAAUGAUGAUGGAGUAGAGUUAAUAAGAGAAUUGGGAAAGCUGAAGCAGUUAAGAAACUUUUGCUUGACUGGUGUCAGAGAAGAACAGGGAAGCGCUCUAUGUUCCUCAAUAAGUGAGAUGACAAACUUGGAGAAACUACGUAUCGAGUCAUACGGAGUUCAAGUCAUUGAUUUGCCUUAUAUUUCAUCUUUGCCUAUGCUUCGGAAGCUUAGCCUAUUUGGGAAGCUAAAAAAGCUUCCAGAGUGGGUUCCACAACUCCAAAAUCUCGUAAAAUUAUCUUUGGAAUACUCAGAGUUAACCAAUGAUCCAUUGAAAUCACUACAAAAUAUGCCAUAUUUGUUGUUCCUCGGCAUGUACAAGGCUUAUAAAGGAGAAAGUUUGUAUUUUGAAGAUGGAGGAUUUCAACAACUAAGGGAACUGUCUCUUGGAGGAUUGCGUAACUUGGAAUCCAUCAUUAUCGAUAAAGGAGCACUCCAUUCUCUGAAAAAGCUCAAAUUUUGGGGAAUACGCAAACUCAAGAAAGUACCUCCUGGCAUUCAACACUUGAAAAAACUGGAAGUUCUUGAUAUCCGUAAUAUGCCAUAUGAAUUCAAUGAGUGCAUUGCUCCCGAUGGGGGACCAGAGCACCCAAUCAUCCAGCAUGUGGGCCUUGUUGAAAUUACUACUGACUUCGCACAAACUCGCAUUAUUUCUCACUUAUCAACGCAUUAAAAUUCAUAGAAACGGAUUUGGGCUUCCAGUGCUCUGAAAUUUAGGUUCAUGCAUGCUGCAGUUUCAACAAUGGCAUUGAGUCUAUCUGACGCAGGAUUGAUUCUUUGGUCCAUGGACAAAAAGAAUAUGUGGAAUGGGCUCUAUGUUUAACAAAGUCAUCUACUCAUCUAUGUUUAAUUAUGGCAGUUUGUGAUGUAUAAUAAUGUGUCUUUAGAAGUUAUAUAACAGUGUCUUUCAAUAUGUUCCAAAAAAAUGUGUCUAUAUGUGCUUCUUGAGUAAGCUAAAGAUAGUUAACAGAUUAUAAUUUGUAUUGACUUGCUGGAAACUAUCAAAGAAACUAUCCCAGCCAAGACCCCGUACUGAGAUAUUUACCGCAUAUACCUAUUUACUUAAUUACCAACGAAGACCUCCUGGAAGCUUAAGCCA